AUGAGCACCUCCACCAACACCACUGGAAACACGAUCACUUAUAUCUUGGUAUACGUUGACGACAUUAUUGUCACAGGGAAUGAUAAUCACCGAAUACAGACUGUUCUCCAUUCUUUUGCUGCUCGCUUCUCCAUCAAAGGCCCUGUUGAUCUACACUAUUUCCUCGGCAUUCAGGUCACUCGAACCGACUCUGGUGUACGUCUCUCUCAACAGAAAUACAUCAAUGAUCGCCUAUAUAAGGCUAAUAUGACAGAUGCGAAACCUAUCGCUACCCCGCUUCCCACUACACCUAAACUCAAGCUUGAUAGCGCCAGUCCUCUUCAAGAUGCGACACAAUAUAGGUCAGUGGUUGGAAGCUUACAAUAUUUGGCUUUCACCCGACCAGAUAUCUCGUAUGCAGUUGGUCGGUUCUCUCAGUUUAUGCACAAACCAACUGGAGAUCAUUGGCAGGCAGCAAAGCGAGUCCUCCGUUACUUGUCUGGUACACGGUCACAUGUUAUCUUUUUACACAAGAAAACACCUCUUACACUACACGCUUUCUCUGAUGCGGAUUGGGCCGGUGAUACGGACGAUUACGUCUCCACAAAUGGGUACAUCAUUUACUUAGGACAGAAUCCGAUCUCCUGGUCUUCAAAUAAAUAG